AUGGCUCCAACGUUACAACAGUGCCCCGUCUGCUUUAACCACUAUAGAAGCACUCCAGACGGGAAGUUAUGUCGGCACGGAGGUAAAAUGAAAGGACAGGAAUGCUCGGGGUCCCGGAAAAAAGUUGAUCCAUCGGGCGCGAGGGCUGCUUCGCCUCUCGGUGCCGCACCCGACCCCAGGCCUGGGCUGCCCACACGGUCGUCCGCCGCAUCGGUCUCCGGUGAUCCUCUCGGCCUGGAUUACCGUGGUGUUUUUGAUAAGCUGACGGCCGUGCUGAAAUGUGUACCGGUGUACGACCAUAUCCCUAAGCCAUGCAGGGAGAAGUUCGCACAUGAUCUGAACGCCUUGCUGACGGCUGUUUGUAACGACCCUGGUGACCCGGCUCACUGGGUUAGACUCCACUGUUUUGUCCCAUACGUCUUACAGAAGACUUCCAGAGGAGGUCGCCGGGUCAACCAGGGCAAUCUGGUCAACAAGCGUCUAAGCGAAUAUUCAACUAUUGGUCUUGAAACCCUGGUACUGUGCUUUGAUGGGUUCAAUAAUGCCAAAUCACAAAAGCACAACCCCGAUCGAUGGAUCAACGCUGUGUCAUCUUGUAUUGAACAGGGAAACCUGGCCUCGGCGGUCAGACUUGUCUGCUCGCCGGAGGGCCUGGCGGAGAGCUCGCCGGCCACCUUCGAUAAAUUAUGUUCUAUCCACCCAAAAAUUCCGGUGGACAGGCGGGUCUUUCCCGCAUUGACACCAACGGCUGGUUGCGUUUCUCCCGCCGAGGUGCUGAGGGCCGUUAAAUCUUUCAAAAACGGUUCUUCUGGAGGCCUGGAUGGCCUACGACCCCAGCACCUUAAGGAUGUUUUUUCAGGCCCCUUGCCAAUUGACGACACACUGAACUCCUUAACCCAAUUCAUUAAUUUGAUCCUAUCUGGAGCUUGCCCCCUCUCCGUCCGCCGUUUGCCCAAAUUGAUGUACUUCCUGCGUACAUCUAAACACAUUGACCCUUCUAAAUUGGGCGAAUUUGACGGAGCCCUGCGCACCGCCCUGUCGUCGAUUUGCAAUGUUCAAGUGACCGACACCGGCAGAUGUUUGGCGUGGGAUGUUACGGUCCCUGGCACCCUCGCCGAACGAUACGUAAACCUGACAAGUAAAGAAUGCGGUUUGGCCGCGGCCAGGGCAGCGGACGAGAAAAUGAAAAAAUAUGGGAAUGCCCUCCCCUCGAUGGAAUUCUUGCCAAUAUGCAUCGAGGUUCUCGGCCCGAUGGACCCCAACACCCUUAAAUUUCUCAAGGAAAUAGGCAAAAGGAUCAGUGUCAGAUCAGGUGACAGCAGGGAACUGUUUUUUGCAACCAACCACAUUUCGUGCUUGUUGCAGCGGUUCCUGCGUGUCUGUGUGCUUGAAAAUAUCCAACUGAAUGCCGACAUGUGCAAUUAA